AUGUCCUCUCAGUCUGAAAAGGAUCUCUGCUGUUCGAUCUGCUACGACAUCUUCAGAGACCCCAUCAUCCUGUCAUGCAGCCACAGCUUCUGUAAGGACUGUCUGCAGCUGUGGUGGAGGGACAAAGAAAUAAAAACCUGCCCGCUUUGUAAGAAGAUGCAGCUGUUAGAGGAUCCUCCCUGUAACCUGGUGUUGAAGAACCUGUGUGAGGCCUUCUUACUGCAGAGAGAUCUCAAAGCUUCUGCAGAGUCUGAGCCUCUCUGCAGUCUGCACUCUGAGAAACUCAGACUCUUCUGCCUGGAUCAUCAGCAGCCAGCGUGCGUCGUCUGUCGGGAUUCAAGAGCACACCUCGACCACACGUUCAGACCUGUUAAUGAGGCUGCGCAGGACCACAGACAGGAGCUGCAGGAAUCCCUGAAGCCCUUCAAAGAGAAACUGAAAAUCUUUGAAUUCAUUCAAAGAUGCUUUGUUCAGACAGCAGAACACAUUAAGGUCCAGGCCCAGCAGACCGAGAAACAAAUUAAGGAGCAGUUUAAGAAGCUUCGCCAGUUUUUACAGGAGGAAGAGAAGGCGAGAAUCACUGCUCUGAGGGAGGAAGAGGAGCAAAAGAGUCAGAAGAUACAGGAGAAGGUUGAAGAUCUGAGCAGGGAGAUAACAGUUCUAUCAGAAACUAUCAGAGCCACAGAGGAGGAGCUGAGAGCCGAGGAUGUCUCACUCCUGCAGAACUACAGGGCCACACUGAACAGAGUCCAGCAGCGUCCCCUGCAGGAGGAUCCACAGCUGGUCUCAGGAGCUCUGAUAGAUGUGGCUAAAUACCUGGGGAAUCUGACCCACAACAUCUGGAAUAGGAUGAAGGAGAUGGUCUCCUACACUCCUGUGAUCCUGGACCCAAACACUGCUGAAGCUCACCUCAUCCUCUCUGAAGAUCUGAGCAGUGUGAGAUGUGGGAGCAAGCAGAAGCUUCCUGAAAACCCGGAAAGGUUUGACAGCUAUCCAGUUGUUCUGGGCUGUGAGGGCUUCGACUCAGGGACGCACAGCUGGGAUGUUGAGGUUGGAAAUGAUGGAGUCUGGUGCCUUGGAGUGCUAAAGGAGUCCAUUAAGAGAAAGGGACACUUACAGACUGGAUUCUGGGAACUAGGUUUUAUUGACAAAAAAUAUAUAGCAUCCUCUCCACCACUUCCAAAUAAAGUUCUGUCAGUGAAGAAGCUGCAGAGGGUCAGAGUUCAGCUGGACUGUGACAGAGGAAAGCUCUCAUUCUUCAAUCUGGACACCAACAAACUCAUCCACAGCUUCAAGCUCAGCUUCACUGAGAAGCUGUUUCCAUAUGUUGAGCUUAAAACUCUGUCGCUGAAGAUCUUACCAUCAACCAUCUCUGCAGCAGUGGGCGAGCCGCCUGUCCCUCCAUCCAGAAGGUCUUUUUUAUGA